ACACAUAUCACACACCCAUGCAUCAACAAACAGAAUGACUCACUACUUGCUGACCUACGAUGGACACUGGUCCGGAAGCGUGUCCAUGUUUGUGUUCACUUCCGGAUAGAGACCAGACCGACCUGUAAGCUGAAGGCCUACCCUGUAUGCGUUCCAGUUCUGCUGCACCGUCGUUUGAAGAUUCAUCACAUGAUUGCGGGCUGCUGCAAGGCACGGCAAAGGCGACGGAAGUGGGAAAAGUUCCAUUUUUCCCGUACGAAACUUCUGAACCCGGUGCGAAAUGGGCAACUGUCUCAAGGGAUGCCUUUCCGACAACGCCGAUGGAGGGAUGAGCCGCACACGGACGAGUGCAAGCGAUAGUCAGUACGAGAUCCUGAUCGAGGGAAUGCAAGGCACGGACGGUCAUCAGGAUGGUGGGGAAUUGCACGAAGCAAUAAAAAUCAAAUCAAAUAGAAAAUCAAACUUUUUCAACAAGUUCUGGACGAAAACGAAUGUGGACUACGCAAGACUGAACAAAGCAAAACACAAUAAUUUUUCGAAACGCGCUACCAACGCUGGCAGCAACGCAAGUAAACAUAAUCAACAUCCAAAGUCGGGAUUGGACAUUCAACUGCAGUGCCUCGAUGCACAUUCUUUGCUGCUCGUGUCGAAGGAUGGCCAUCGGAAAACGAACGCCAACGGUUACAACGAUCUGCAAACGGACCAAACUUCCACGCCCGGUAGCUCGAUCGAUUUGGAGUGGGAAAAUGAUUACGGUUAUCAGCAUAGUCAGUGGUUAUCUCAAGAAGACGAUCAAACGGGACCUUCACAGUUACACAGCUUCCCCGCUUCGGUUCAGGAAUCUGUGUUUAAAAUUGAAGAGUGGUCCACACUAAAACGAAGCAAGGAUCGCAUCAACGCACUGCGCAAACUGGAUCACCAGCAACCGGUGCACCAGGCACAGAGCAGUCAAUUGCAUCUGACGUCCAAAAACUCCACCGGAAGCGAAGACGUUACUGGCUCGCUCGAUUGCAUUCAUCCCGUGCAGAGUUCUCGCCCAUUUCCAUCCUUCGAACAUCACGCGGCAAGUCUCACGCGCGUGGACAGAAUGACGCACGGUGAAUCGUCGGAUCUUUCCCACAUAUCAUCCACACCGGAGGGUUCACUCGAAUGGGACAUCGAUCAGGAUCGACAGCUAAAGUCGGAGAACGAAUCGUUGGAUUACGACACCAAGGAGUUGCUGCUGGAGAUUGAACAGCUGAAAAAUCGCGUUCUCAACGAAACUGGAGCAACGCUGAAGGAUGAUCUACCGAGCAGCUGAUCGCACAGUAGAAGCGGGGAUGAUUUCGAUGAUUGAUGGUUUGGACAGGAAACAGUUACAGCUUAUUUCCCGGAUGAAUUGGAUGAAAGAUGGCCGAAUCGAUGAAAAUAACGCUGCAUAACAGAUGCAUCAUAGCCUAAGCCUUGUACAGUAGAGUUCCAGGAGAUGGAUAUAUUUAUUGUGUGUUUGUAUGAAUGUAUUAGCACCAACGUGAAAUGUGUAGAACCGUACUAAACGCUAGUGAAUUCCGAAAAGUAUUUAUUCUAACAUCGUUACACAACCAAUAGCCGGUAGGUUGUAGGAGUGCAACCAACUGAACAGUUCCCGUUUGCACGGUUUAAAUCCCGUUUUUAAAUACAUUCAUCUUCUACCCGGUUGGUACGUUUCCCAGCGACGGUUGGACACAUUCUGUUCUCGUUACCCACCGUCCGCUGGAUUUCCACCUCAGUUCGUUUAUCGCUUUUCCUCUAGGUACAGUGUCGAUCUAUUUAUACACAUAUGUGCACACACACACACACGCAUACACCAAUUUAUAUAUAAUAUAAAUAUAGAGCAUCGUUGCAUUUGCAUUUUCGUUUAUCUUCUUUGUUUGUAAGCAAAACUAGCCACCAAUAGUAGCGUCACGGUAACUAGAGUGUCCUUCCAGUUUUCCGAUAUAGUUGUAUUGUCGUGUUAAAAUAUUACUUAUUUUAUAUAUUAUUGUAAAAUGCUAGAUUAGCAGAACAGCAAUCGAAACUCACUAGCGGAACAACAGUAACAAUGAAAUGUGCAUUUGUUGGC